AUAUGUCCGGGCAGCCGUUGGGAGUAAAAGGAUCGCUCGCAUAUGCGGAUCUGGAAUGGGACUCCAGUAUUGCAAGUGACGAUCUGACGGUUUCGCGGCCAGUUGUCACCAAUGGCAAACAAGAACAUCUUCCACCAAGGACAGGAUGCCGACAACUUUCACCUCGCACUGUCCUGACAUCAACACCUCUGGUCAUCAGGCCAGGACAGACCAUCAUGUACGGCAUGGAGGUCACAUACUCUGUCAUAACACCAGCGGAUAACAAUAAAAUUAUCUUCGAAGCAACUUUGACUGACAGCCCUUUUGAUGCUUACAAGCUGCAGACAACUGGGUUGAGUGUAUUGUUUGUAACAUGCGCAGCUGACAAUGGAAUAUGUCUAAAGGUGUACUACAACGGACUAUAUCUGUCCGAUGACAACCUUACACUGAACGAGAGUAGUACAACUUACAGCCUGGAUUUGGGAUUCGUUCUUGAAGAGGAAACACAUAAGGUCCAUGUCCUGGACCUUAGUCAACAGAAACUCGUCACAUCUGUAACUCCCUUCCCGUUUGAUAAACCUCUCUGGGUCAUGAUUAAUUUUGGAUCUCAUCCUAACACCCACUUAACCUGUAAAUUAUCAUCACAGAAAGGAAGAAACAUGCAUGACGAAAUCGAACGCUUGAUCCACGAGUAACUGGAAAACGAGCUGAUUGACGAUGCCAAGCUGAUAAUGCAGACAGAGAAAUAACACUUCGUCUUUAAUGUGACCAUUGUAUGCCAAUAAAACCAUAAUGAAUUGUUAGAUAGGCAUUACAUGUACUUAGAAGUUGACGGAUGACAAAG